CAAAAAUAAAUUCUCUCAAUAUUUCUCUCUAACCUAAGAAAAUUGGUAAUUUUUGUUCUGUACUUACCUGUUUAAUAUUUCGGUAAUUAACAAAAAUAAUGCGCAAAUAGGUCGCUGAAUGGUUAGCACUUAGAAGCAUUUGUUAAAGUGGCAGAUAUAAGCCUUCCAUUCAUUUUAACUAUCUUAAAUUUACCGCUGCUGAGAUGUUCAGUAACAACGUAAAGCGGCUUUUAGUCUGGCAUACAAAAUGCAGUAUAAGAACUACAAGUGUUCGCUGUUUGAGUACUGCCGAAGAUGUUACUUCUCUCUCGAAACCGACCACAAAUUUUAAGGGGGACUACGAUGUGAUCAUCGCUGGUGGAGGAAUGGUCGGCUGCAGCCUUGCGUGUGCUCUAGCCAAGGAUUCGUUGCUCUCUAACUUAAAAGUGCUGUUAUUGGAAGGCAGUCCUAACAAAAGCUUCCAGCUGAAGCCGGAGUACAGCAACCGAGUUGUGGCCCUCAACCAGAACACCAAGGCUUUGAUGAGCUCCUUAGACGUGUGGAGACACGUUGAGGCUAUGAGGUUACAGCCUGUCAGACAUAUGCAAGUGUGGGAUGCAUGUUCAGAUGUUAUGAUAGCCUUCAACAGCGAGGAGUUGUUAGAUGACGAUGUGGCCUACAUAGUGGAGAAUGAUGUCAUGCUGCAUGCUAUAAACAAAGAACUAUCUACUGCUGCGAAGGACAAUAUUCAGAUAGUGUAUGAUGCUAAAAUUGCUGGCUACCAGCUGCCCAAACAAGAGGAUCUUAAGCCAAAGAGCUCUGUUCAGAUGGCCAAUGGAGAUACUUACUCCUGUAAGCUUUUGAUUGGUGCUGAUGGAGCCAAUUCAGCAGUCCGAAAGGCAAUGGGAGUGCAAUAUCUGUCAUGGAGCUACGAGCAAAUGGGCGUCGUUGCUACGUUGAAUUUAUCUGAAGAGUGCGAGAACACAACAGCCUGGCAACGCUGGUUGCCCACGGGUCCGGUUGCAAUUCUUCCUCUAGACUCCAAACGAAGCUCGUUGGUAUGGUCCACUUGGCAGGACGACGCUAAGGAGCUACUGAAAUUACCUGAAGACCAGUUUGUGGACGCAUUGAAUGAUGCUCUGUGGAAACAAUACCCCCGCAACACUGGGAUCGAAACCGUGACGUCUUGGACGAGUUCGUGGCUAAAGCGAGUGGGUCUGCCCGACGGAACUGCGCGCCAACUGCCGCCUUCCAUCUCCAAUGUGGCUCCUAACUCUCGGGCGGCUUUCCCGCUAGGGUUCGGGCAUAGCACGCGGUAUAUUGGACCUGGAGUCGCGCUUAUUGGCGAUGCAGCUCACCGCGUUCACCCUUUGGCUGGACAAGGUGUCAAUCUUGGUUUUGGUGACGUCAAAGAUCUCACACAUUUACUAUCGGAAGCUAUGUACAGCGGACUAGAAAUAACUCACCCAGAUUGGAUGGGAAAAUACGAGAGUGUACGCCAGAGGCAUAACGUGCCUACCCAGCUCAUGAUAGAGAUGUUGCACCGCAUUUAUACUGUGGACCUGAUGCCUGUAGUGUUGGCGCGAAGCGUCGGCCUGCAGAUCACUAACGCGUUACAACCUUUGAAGAAAAUGAUAAUGUCCCAUGCAACAACAUAAAAUGUUAUUAGUCCCCACGUUGGAAUGGCAAUCGCAUCGAGGUCACACAAUUCACAGAAAGCUUAUCGGCAGCCUCAACGGCGUGGUCAAGGAAAACUGUUUGAUGUAUUAUUUAGUUAAAUAAACUUUAAAUUAUGUUACUACAAA